CGGGAGCGGGAGCGGGAGCGGGGGUAGCGUUGGCGGCGGCGGCUCCUCCUCGGCCAUCCCCUCGGAGCCGUGCAGCUGACGCGCAUGGCGAAGACAGCGGCGCCUACCGAUGGGAGCAGCGGUUCUCGACUGGACUGGGUUGGUGGCCUGAAUGUAUUAGCUGUGCUGCGUUUCCCCAAGAGAAAUAAGAAUGUCUAAGCCUCUGGAGGCCGAGAAGCAAGGUCUGGACUCCCCAUCAGAGCACACAGACACGGAAAGAAAUGGACCAGACACUAACCACCAGAACCCCCAGAGUAAGACCUCCCCAUUCUCCGUGUCCCCAACUGGCCCCAGCACCAAGGUGGGCAUUCUCUCUGGCCUCCACUUAACAUUCUGGGGUCCCGGACCCUGCCUCUCUCCUCCCCAGAUCAAGGCUGAAGACCCCAGUGGCGACUCAGCCCCAGCAGCACCCCCGCCCCCCCAGCCGGCUCAACCACAUCUGCCCCAGGCCCAGCUCAUGCUGACGGGCAGCCAGCUUGCCGGGGACAUACAGCAGCUCCUCCAGCUCCAGCAGCUGGUGCUUGUGCCAGGUCACCACCUCCAACCACCUGCUCAGUUCCUGCUGCCGCAGGCCCAGCAGAGUCAGCCAGGCCUGCUACCGACGCCAAAUCUAUUCCAGCUACCUCAGCAAACCCAGGGAGCGCUUCUGACCUCCCAGCCCCGGGCUGGGCUGCCCACGCAGGCCGUGACCCGCCCCAUGCUGCCCGACCCGCACCUCUCGCACCCGCAGCCCCCCAAAUGCCUGGAGCCACCAUCCCAUCCCGAGGAGCCCAGUGACCUGGAGGAGCUGGAGCAGUUCGCCCGCACCUUCAAGCAACGCCGCAUCAAGCUGGGUUUCACGCAGGGUGAUGUGGGCCUGGCCAUGGGCAAGCUCUAUGGCAACGACUUCAGCCAGACGACUAUCUCCCGCUUUGAGGCCCUCAACCUGAGCUUCAAGAACAUGUGCAAACUCAAGCCCCUCCUGGAGAAGUGGCUCAACGAUGCAGAGACUAUGUCUGUGGACUCCAGCCUGCCCAGCCCCAACCAGCUGAGCAGCCCUAGCCUGGGGUUCGAUGGGCUCCCUGGUCGGAGACGCAAGAAGAGGACCAGCAUCGAGACAAAUGUCCGCUUCGCCUUAGAGAAGAGUUUUCUAGCGAACCAGAAGCCUACCUCAGAGGAGAUCCUGAUGAUCGCAGAGCAGCUGCACAUGGAGAAGGAAGUGAUCCGCGUCUGGUUCUGCAACCGGCGCCAGAAGGAGAAACGCAUCAACCCCUGCAGCGCGGCCCCCAUGCUUCCCAGCCCGGGGAAGCCAGCCAGCUACAGCCCCCAUCUGGUCACACCCCAAGGGGGUGCUGGGACCCUGCCGAUGUCCCAAGCUUCCAGCAGCCUGAGCACAACAGUUACUACCUUAUCCUCAGCUGUGGGGACGCUCCACCCCAGCCGGACAGCCGGAGGGGGUGGGGGCGGGGGCGGGGCAGCGCCCCCCCUCAACUCCAUCCCUUCUGUCACUCCCCCACCCCCGGCCACCACCAACAGCACAAACCCCAGCCCUCAAGGCAGCCACUCGGCUAUCGGCUUGUCGGGCCUGAACCCCAGCGCGGGAAGCACAAUGGUGGGGUUGAGCUCCGGGCUGAGUCCAGCCCUCAUGAGCAACAACCCUUUGGCCACUAUCCAAGCCCUGGCCUCUGGUGGAACCCUGCCCCUUACCAGCCUUGACGGCAGCGGGAACCUGGUGCUGGGGGCAGCCGGCGCCGCCCCAGGGAGCCCCGGCCUGGUGACCUCGCCUCUCUUCUUGAACCACGCUGGGCUGCCCCUGCUCAGCGCCCCGCCUGGCGUGGGCCUGGUCUCGGCAGCUGCUGCAGCUGUGGCGGCCUCCAUCUCCAGCAAGUCUCCUGGCCUGUCCUCAUCCUCCUCGUCCUCAUCCUCAUCCUCCUCCUCCACUUGCAGUGAGGCCGCAGCACAGACCCCUGGAGGUCCAGGGGGCCCGGAGUCAGGGUCCAAGCCUGAGUGAAGGCCCGCCAUGCCUCCCCUCCUACACCUCUGACUUCCACCUUGGUCCCUCGCCCAGGAGAGGGUGAGGAGGCCAGUGGUGGGGGCACAGAGGGUCCUCAGAGCAGAAGUGACAAGGGAGGAAAGACCAAAAAAAUCAAACAACCAAAAAAAGAAAGAAAGAAAGAAACCAACAACAAAGAAAACCAAAAAUAAUCACAACAGAAACCAGCUGCCCCAAAGGAACCAGAGGUGAAAAACAAACAAAAACCAAAAACAGACCAAAAAUUCCCCCACAAAACCAAACAAACCAAAAACCAGUUGCAAGCCAGACCUCAGUGUGCUCACCCUCACCGCUAUGACACCAAAUAAGAACCCCCAGCCAGGGGCCGAGAAGCCUUGUGAGGCGGACCUCACCCGGAGACCCUGGCUGUGGGGUCCACCCACAACCUUGCCUCCCCAGCGGGGGCCAAAGAAGGAAAAAGAGACCGUGCCAGCCUCCUAGCCUCAGACCCCAGCCCUGGGCCAGAGAAGACAGGGCACGGCCUGGGGCGGAAGGGUGGGCUCAGAACCACCCGCCAAAUGUUCCUUUCCAAGAAGGUGAAAGAGAAAGCCCGAACAACCUUACACCAAAUAUUCAGUAGCUUCAUCCAAAGGAUGUACAGAAUUUUUAGCGUUUCGCUCAACAGAAUGUGUCCCUACCAUGUGUCCCUCUCGCCCCCCAACCCCCAGCUCUCCUCACCCAGGCAGGGGGUCUCGCUUUAACCUCCUCCCUACCCCAGCCAGGGGAGUGCAGGGGGAGGCCUGGGAUGACUUUUCAUCCCUGUAUCUCCCCGCUUUUCCUUGGAAGGUUGGGCUAGGCCAUUUUGCCAAGUUCUAGCUCUCACUCAUCCCCCCCACCCUCACCAGGUCAGCCUCCUCUGCUCUGGGAUCUUCCCCCUCCCCAGCCCAUGGGAAGGUGGAAGUUCCAGGCAAAAGGGGAGGAGGUGAGGGCAUUCAAGUUGUCUUUUUUUCCAUCCUUGUCUGUCAGUUUCCCUGAAAAAAAAAAUCAUAUUCCAGUGCCUAUCCGUGGAAUCCUUCACGUUCUUUGACAUUGACCAGAAACCAAAAAGAGAACUCAUUCACUCCCCGCCCCCACUCCAUGCCCCUCUGACACUGGCAGAUGCCUCUUCCUCUCCCCCCACACACAUGCAGACACGCACGCACCCCAGUGGUGGGGUUCCUCGAGAUGGCAUCCCCAUCAGGGUCCAUGUGGCGGGGACAGUGCCGUGACCUGUGGUGCCCAUCCAAGAGGGCACUGUAGUGGCAGUGCUCCCAUGAGACUUCCCUCGGGUCUUGCCUGGAUCCUGUGUUUGCUCAGCCCUAGACACAUCUCGACAACGACAGACAGAGGGGAGACACCGCUGGGAGCCACUUUGCCCUCCUGCUAUUGUGGAGGCCGACAAAGUUUUGAACCAAAAACAAAAACAGAAAACCAAACAAACAAUAAAUUAAAACUAGAAAAAAAGAAUUUAUAUAUAUAUAUAUAUUUAAGGGAAAGAAGAUGAGGACUCUUAAAGUAUAAGAAGGAGCCGCGAGGCGGAGCCAAGCCCUGCCCCAAUGGUCCAGGCCCUUGGUCCCUAAGGCGCGGAUAGAAGGACGGAUGCUUCUUUCUCUUCACAAAUACCUCAUGGACGUCGUCUUCGGGAAAGCCGGAGGGGGGCGGCUGGGGCAGGGCCUGUCCCUCAGCCAGGGCAGAUGGAAGUGGGUGGGCAGGGCUGAGAGAGGGUGUCAGGGACUGGGGUAAAGAGCCCCAUAUUCCCUGCCCCACCCCAAUCAACCGAAAAAGCUUUAAAAAAGGAAAAAAGGAAUAAGAAGACAAAAAGAAUGGACGAAGGAAAACUAACAAACUUUCGGGUGGUUUGAUUCCUCCUUUGAUUUCUUUUCCUAUUCUCUUCCGUCUGUCCUCUCUCCUCUGUGUCCUUUCUCUCUGCUCGCCUCUGUCUGUCUCCCUCUUCCUUCCUUCUUCUCUUACUUCUCUCAAUCUUCUUCUUUCUGUGUCUCUCCUCAAACCAAAGUGUUGCUGUGAAGGACACGAGCCAUGGAAAUCAGAGUGGCCCCGCCCCUCACUGGGCAGAGUGUAGCAGAGGGAGGGGAGCGCCCUGGGAGACAGUGCUGCUGGACACUCCGAGGAGAGGCAGAUAGAGCCUCGGGUGCCACCCUAAGGCCCCAAGGCCUCAGUGUUCUUUUUCUCUCGUCUCCCUUCUCCCACCCGGGAAAUGAAACUGUUGGGCUGGGCCACGGAGGCAGCAGAGACUUGGCUGUUGCGGGGGUCUGGGGUGCCUUGUCUGGGCAGCAAUGGGGUGGCCACCCCUAUGACCCUGGCACCCAUGACGGGGCCUGGCCUGCCAUUGGCCCGUCCUCACCGGAAUGUAAGCAUCUCCGACUCCCUGCCCUCACCCUACCUCUGAAUUUGUCCAUUAUUAUUUCCUGAAGAGAAGAGACUGUUGAGAGGGCCUGGGCCCCAGACCAAGGGUGGAGAGGGGGGCCAAGGGCUCCUGAACAGACAGUAAGGACAUUUGAGCAAAGUUGAAGGAAUUACAACCAAAAACCCCUCCGAGAAGACAGGCAGCAUGGAAGGCAUGGUGGAGAUGACUCAAACAAAAACUAUGAUUCUAGACCAAAAAAAAAAAAUGCAAACAAACAAAAAAAAAAAACACAAAAAAAAAAGAAAAGAAAAAAAAAAAAGAAAAAAUGGAAAAAAAAGGAAAAAAAAACCAGGACUCACCACCACCCACUUCAUCCUGCUUCCUCCCCAUCAAGUCCUGCCACCUGGGACCUCUCCCCAACCCCAGUGUGGGGGGAGUAGUGGGGCAGACAGCAGAGGAGGAAGUAGGGACAGGGAUGGGCUGAUGCCCUGACACUGGUGGAGGGACCCCCACGCAGACGGGGGUGGUGGGGACCCUCCCCGUACAACCCCCAUAACUGGGAAAAUAAAAACAAGAAUAAAAGAAAAUUCCUGGGUGGGGGAAAAAUAACCAAAUCCCAAGCUUUAACUACAGCUGUGAAACCAAAUAUUGGGAAGGGGGUGGGAGGGAGGGGCAAGUGUGCCCCAGGUCUCCCCCCUGGGCCCCCUCCCCUGAGGACUCGAGAUAAGGCACCAAAUACCUCAUAGAACUUUAAUGUUAAAAAAAGGAAACCAAAUAUCGUUGGCUGGGGGCCAGCCAGGGCAAGGGGCUGGGGGGCAGGAGGGAACCAGGGUUGGGAAGGUGAUGGGGGAAUUCAUGCCUCCCACCCCCCUCUUGCCCCUUCCACUCCAGUCCCCCAUCUCGACUCCGGGAAACAAAACUAUCUCAUCGUUUUUAUUUUGUGGUCUGUACAGAGCCUGUGUCCGUGUGUCUGUGUGUGAACGAGAGAGUUGGGGGGUUGAGGGAUAUUAUGUGGGGGCUGGGGGGAGACUCCAGGCCAGGCUCUGGGCUAAGUGAGAUGAGUGAGGUGAGGGGCCAGGGGCCUGGGCUAGAAAGAGAGGAAGAUGAAUGGAUUGGAGAAAAGGGGUGGUGAGUUUCUUUUCUCCAACCAUGACCUCUUGCUUGAGGGAGGGACAGAGAUUGGGUCUAUCCUAACGGUGGGCCUUUUAAUUGUGCCAAAAAAAAAAAAAAGCCAGUAACUAAAACACCUGUCUCUGUUCUCUUCUAGGAGGGAGGUGCUGGGUUGUAAGUAGGGGUGGGUGAAGAUGGGGAACCCAGGCCCCUGUAUGAGUCAGGGCUAAGAUCAGGAGGAAGGAGAAGGAUAUGAGUUUACCACACUUCUCCCUGGGAAAGGCCAAGAGCAAGGGUCUCCGAGCCCCACACCCAAGCCAAGUAUGGGGGUGACCUCCUGACCUGACUAGAUUUCCUCACCCACCCAGAUUCCAGGCUGCCUCCCUCCCUUUUAGCCCAGGGUAGGGGGAACUGAGUGAGAGAGUGAGACAGACUGAGAAAGACUGAGACACGCGGGCCCCCACUGGUCUCUGAGUGGGAAAGGCAAGUGCGAGAGAUAAAGGCCUCCAAGACAAAAAAGAAACAAACCAAAGAUUUAACCAUUUAAAAAAAAACCCACAGACAACUCCGCUACCUUUUUAUACGUU